UAACUUAAACAAUGCAUCUUCGUCUCUUUCUACAUUUGAGCAUGAUCUGUGCUUUGGCAUACACAUUACCAACAACAGAAUCACCUACUGCGAUUGAUUUGACAACAUCGGAAACCACUGAAACUUCAAUGACUACUUUUAAAACCAACGAAGAAACAACGGAAUUGGAUGUAGCAACACAAUUUCCAAUACAGAAUGUAACAAUGAAACUACCAACAACAACAACAACAACAACAACGAAAAAACCAAGUUCAGCAAAUAACAUUAAUCCAUCUUGUAUACUUGCAGCAUUCCUUUACGUAAUAAUAUCUAUGUACUGAUACCAAAAAAAAAAAACUAAUUAUUUUA